AUGAAUCCAGGUAAUUGCUCCCAGGUGACAGAAUUCAUUCUCAAGGGAUUCACAGAUCAUCCAAAAUUUAAAACUGUACUGUUUGUGCUGUUCUUGGUGAUCUACAUUGUCACUGUGCUGGGGAAUCUUGGUAUAUUCACACUUAUCAGGACUGAUGUCCGACUUCACACCCCCAUGUACUUUUUCCUCAGUAACUUGUCCAUUGUAGAUAUCUGUUACUCCACAGUUGUCACCCCCAAGAUGUUAGUGGAUCUGUUAGCAGACAAGAAAGCCAUACCUUAUGCUGCAUGUGCAACCCAGAUUUUAUUUUUCACUUUGUUUAUUGUAGUAGAAUGUUUCCUCCUGGCUGCAAUGGCAUAUGACCGAUAUGUCGCCAUUUGUAAUCCACUCCUCUACCAGGCUGUCAUGCAUCCGAGGCAUUGUGUCCAUUUGGUAGUUGGUUCAUUUCUAGCUGGAUGUAUAAAUUCAAUGGCACAAGCUACAGGCAUGUUAGAACUCUCCUUCUGUGGUUCCAAUAUAAUUGACUUGUUCUUCUGUGACAUCUCCCCAGUGUUAUCACUUUCCACUUCCGAUACUACCAUCAAUCACAUUGUCCUCAUAACAGUGGCCUAUUUGUCAGGGGUAGUCAGCAGUCUGAUAGUCAUUAUCUCCUAUGUUUUCAUCCUCAUUACCAUCCUUAGGAUCCACUCUGCUGAGGGCAAGCGCAAAGCCUUCUCCACUUGUGCAUCCCACCUUACAGCUGUCAGCAUCUUCUUUGGGACUGGCCUGUUCAUCUAUUUACAGCCAAGCACAAACUACUCAAGGGAUCAGGACAAAGUGGCCUCAGUGUUCUACACAGUGGUGACCCCCAUGCUGAACCCCCUGAUCUACAGCCUGAGGAACAAGGAAGUGAAGAAUGCCCUGAGGAGAGUGAUGAAGAAGAGAAACUCCUUUAUAGGAGAUAAACUAUUGUGCAAAAAGCAGUAA